CCAUUGUUUCCACUCUUGAUCACACCACAAUGGAGGAGUUUCUCAUUCCACCUUACAACUGUGGAGGCUAUCCUGGCUAUUUCCCCUUUUACCCCGGCAAUGGGAAAUUUAAGCACCAGAACUGGAACAAAAAGGGAAACAAUUUGUAUGUCGCGCCAGAUGCCACCGAUUAUUUCGACGUUUAUAAGCGUGCGCAGUUAAAAGCCAUAUUAUCUCAAGUGAACCCGAACUUAACGCCGCGCCUCCGCAAGGCCAACACUAGAGAAUUCGGUGUGCAGGUCAACCCAAAGGUAGAUGCCACUGUCCAGUGCUCGCUUGGGCCCAAAACUCUGUUUUACCGCGAUGAUAAAUGGGACUUACCGAGGACGCCGUCCAUCAGCCCGCUGAAAGACAACCUGCCUAGCACACCUGUCAACUCCGUGCGCUUUUCCCGCCCAGUCGCCAUCUACUCUCCGGUCUUCGACCGCAGGAUUUUCUCCUUAUCCACGACUGCCGGUGAAAGUAAGGACGAUGGAGGGGACGAGAGCAAGAAGACGGACAGCGAGACGGAAGACGACGAGGAGAAGUGUAAACAGGAUGAAACCACACACAACGAAUCACUGCAGGGGAAGUCGGUGAUUCAACGAAAUAAACGGUCAAACUUCCAGUUUCUGGAGCAGAAAUAUGGAUUUUAUCACUGCAGCAAGUGCAAUAUUCGAUGGGAAAGUGCGUUCGUUUGGUGCAUCUCGGGAACCUCCAAGGUGUACUUCAAGCAGCACUGCAGGAAGUGCCAGGUGGGACUGAAUCCGUAUAGGGUGGAGUCCAUUCAGUGCCAGGUUUGCUGCAAGACUCGCUGCUGCUGUGAACGGAAGCAGAGGCACAUUGACAUGCGCCGUCCUCACCGCCAGGAUCUGUGUGGCCGCUGCAAGGGCAAAGGCCUUUCCUGUGACACCAUCUACAGUUUCAAGUACAUAGUCUGAUUGUUCAGGUCUAUAAAUGAGUUUUAGAAUCUGCAUUGGUGGCUAAAGUGAUGUGUUGGGUGGAAUGUGUUGUAUUUUUGUAUUCUAAUGUAUAAAUUAAUAAAAACCAAUAAAGUAUUGCAGCAUAAUACUGCUGUCAGUGU